CGCGUCUCGCGCUAAAGCAAAAGAUGAUACUGAGGACAUUUUUCGGGUUUUGCUUGAUUUUGGUCACGUUCGGGGUUUGUCAAGCACAAUUUUUCAAUUUUUUGAACGGUUUUGGACGGUCUUUUAGUGGCAGUGAAAAUGUUAUUAACGACAGCGAUGAGUUUUUGGAUGAGUACGAUUUUGUUGUUAUUGGUGCAGGAUCCGGUGGAUCUGUGGUUGCGAACCGCCUCUCAGAAAAUCCUGAUUGGUCUGUUCUCAUCCUGGAAGCCGGCAAAGAUGAAAUCUUCCUGACAGAUAUCCCUUUAAUAGCUUCUCUGUUAUCCAUAACGGGUUACAACUGGGGAUACAAAAGCAAAAAACUGAAAACAGCGUGUCUUGGACUUAUUGAUGGAAGGUGUAAUAUUGCCAGAGGAAAAGGCUUGGGUGGUACAAGCAUCAUUAAUUUUUUGCUGUAUACCAGGGGCAAUAAAAAGGAUUUUGAUGAUUGGGAAAGCAUGGGAAAUAAAGGAUGGAGUUACGAAGAAGUCUUACCCUACUUCAUUAAAUCAGAAAACUGCUCGUCAUGCGAGGAUAUAGCUGGAGAGUUUCAUGGAAAAUCUGGAUACUUAAAUAUAGAACAUCCAGGAUAUCAAAGUCCUUUUGUCAAACUGUUUAUCGAAACUGGAAUGGACAUGGGAUAUCCUAACAAUGAUCCAAAUGGCAGAAAUGGUCUUGGCUUUUCAAGAGUCCAAGCUACAAUGAAAAAAGGUCUCCGAUGCAGUGCCUCUAAAGCCUUCUUAAAACCAGUAGCGCACAGAUCAAACCUCAAAAUAUCUCCUCAAAGCCGAGUAACGAAAAUCUUGAUCGACCACCAAACUAAACAAGCUUAUGGCGUGGAGUUCAUCAAAAACAAACAAAAAUACACAGUGAGAGCCAGAAAAGAAGUUAUUCUAAGCGCUGGCACGAUAAACAGUGCUCAGUUAUUAAUGUUGUCUGGAGUUGGACCAAGGAGUCAUCUGGAGGGUUUAGGAAUGGAAGUUAUUUCCGAUUUACCUGUAGGAUAUAACUAUCAAGAUCAUAUGGCGAUGUCAACUAUAGCAUUCUUAGUAAACGAGAGUGUUACAGUUUCAGAUUUAACUGUCCAGAAUCCAAUAGAUAUUUAUAAUUUUAUUGCCAGAGGAAAAGGUCCAUACACUAUACCGGGUGGUGCAGAAGCUUUGGCUUUUGUGAAAACGAAGUAUGCUUCCAAGUCUAAUGAUGAUUAUCCAGAUAUGGAGUUGGUUUUAGGAGCUGGUGGACUUAAUGGCGAUGUUAUUGGUGGUUUUAGAGCUUUAUUAGGUAUACCUCAAAAAUUCUUCGACUCAGUCUAUGCCCCACUGAUCGGCAGACCGUCUUUCAGCAUUGCCCCCGUAUUGCUGAGACCAAAAAGCAGAGGCCGAGUGUCUUUAAAAGACUCAAACCCUCUCCAUUGGCCUGUUAUCGAGCCAAAUUAUUUCUCCGAAGAGGAAGACUUGGCAACGAUGGUUGAAGGAAUUAAAAUGGCCAUUUCCAUUGCCCAUUCGAACAGAUUUCAGCGAUACAACACCAGAAUCAACCCGUUCCCAUUUCCAGGCUGCAAACAUCUGCGUUUCGGAUCUGACGAGUACUGGGCCUGCGCGGUUCGUCACGUGAGUACCACUUUGGGCCACCACGUCGGCACGUGCAAAAUGGGUCCAAUGGGUGAUCCGACAGCUGUAGUAGAUGAACAACUGAGGGUGUACGGUGUGAAGAACUUACGGGUAGUUGAUGGGUCGAUUAUGCCCAAUGUUGUGGCUGGACAUACGAAUGCUGUUAUAUUUAUGAUUGGAGAAAAGGCUUCUGAUAUGAUUAAGGACAGUUGGAAAGGGUUUUAACAUACCGUAUUUCUUUUUAUUGUGAUUUGUUUU